CUCUGCGUAGCGUACGUACAACUUGUGGUACGUGCCAAGUUGCGUGGUACGUGCAGAGUUACCGAUGUUCUCGUGUGUUGUCGUUUAUUCUUAACCUGCCAACGUGUGUUAGCUCGUGUUUAAACGCCUUUUAGACCUGAGGAGAGGGACAGCUCCGGUGUGCCGUGUGCUCAGAGUAAUACUAGCCGGAAUAUGCGAGAGCAGAGCCCGCGUACGACUUGUGAGCAAGCUGGUAGCUACUUUUAGCUUUUGGAGCGGUAACGUAACGCUACGUUUAAUCCUUACUAAAUACGGCUAGUGGUGAAACUAACUGUUGGUGAAAUAGCGAGCUAAGCAGACAGUUGUUGCUGCUUUGUUACUCGCCUGAGGACACACUCGACUUAGAGUAAAAGUUGUCGCCUGACAGGAAGAGCUCGGCGGACCUGGUGACCUACCUUGACAGCUGGGUGUGUGUCUGUGUGAAUGGACGUCUGGCCAAAGGACUGACUGACUGACACAUGAAGCAGUAUGUCAGCUACAUAACAGCAGCACCGAGCAGGGACCUCGUUCAGCAUACAACAUUUCCAGUGGACAUGUGAUUGAGUUCAUGGUUGUGCGUCCACUUGUAACAAUGACUCGCCGCUCCGUCGUAAACUUGGUGUGCUUCGGGAGUCGAGCCGUCAACCUGCUGUAUGGAAACUCAGUUCGCCCCCUCCACACUUCAACACGCAGCACCUCCUCGCAGCCCAAAGCUGGAUUCAAACCUGGGAAAGUGGCUGUGGUGACAAAGACCACGCGAUAUGAGUUUGAACAGCAGCGGUAUCGCUAUGCUGGACUGUCUGAAGAGGAUCUGAAGCAGCUGCUUGCUAUGAAGGGCUCCAGCUACAGUGGCCUGCUGGAAAGACACAACAUCCACACCAACAAUGUGGAUCAUAUAGUGAGGAGCCUGCGGAGAGAAGGCAUUGAGGUGCGAGUCGUGAAGAGGGGAGAAUAUGAUGAAGAAGUGGUACGAUGGGCCGAUGCCAUCAUCUCUGCUGGAGGCGACGGGACAAUGCUACUUGUUGCCAGUAAGGUUUUAAGCAAGGACAAACCAGUUGUUGGAGUAAACACAGACCCUGAGAGGUCAGAGGGUCAUCUGUGCCUGCCCGUGCGGUAUACUCGUGCCUUCCCAGAGGCACUGGAGAAACUCUGUCGUGGUGAGUUCAGGUGGCUGUGGCGUCAGAGGAUCCGUCUGCACUUGGAGGGCACAGGAAUCAACCCGACCCCUGUGGACCUGCACGAACAGCAGAUGAGCCUGGAACAGCACAGCCAAGCCCACCGCAUCACCACCAUGGACAUGCACCGGAGUACGACUCCACCACCCGUCAUGUGUACCUGUCCCAGUCCUCCUGUCUGGACAGGAACACUAGAAGAGAGCUUCUCCAAGCCUAGCCUCCUGCCUAUCAGAAGCCUGAAUGAAAUCUUCAUUGGAGAGUCUCUGUCCUCCAGGGGAAUUUCUUUCCACCACAGGGUGAAGUUAAAAUCCUUCAAACCCCAUGUUAACCUCUUGCUUCAUAGGGCUUCCUACUAUGAGAUCUCUGUGGAUGACGGGCCGUGGGAGAAGCAGAAGAGUUCAGGACUCAGCAUCUGCACGGGAACAGGUUCCAAAGCCUGGUCAUAUAACAUCAACAAACUUGUUGAACAAGCAGUGGAGGAUGUUCUAAAAAUCGGAAAAUCCCAAACUGGUCUUGAUAUCCCACUUAAUCGUGACUUUAUUGAAAAAGUUACUGAUGAAUACAACGAGUCUCUGGUGUUCAGUCCGGACGACAGACGUUUGUUCUACAGCGUCAGAGAACCCAUCGUCAACCGAGUCUUCUCCAACAGUCGCCAGAGAGGCUUCGCCAGCAAGGUCUGCGUCCGCUCGCGGUGCUGGGACGCCUGCAUGGUGGUCGACGGCGGGACUUCGUUCGAGUUCAACGACGGUGCCAUCGCUACGAUCAGCAUGAGCGGGGAGGAUCAGCUCCGGACGGUCCUCCUCGAGAACUGAGAUGAGUCCAUGACACCUGGCUGGUUUCUCUGCAGUGUUUGGUCAAAGGGUACCGUUUUUAGACUCAGCUGCCACAAGUGUUGAAUAUUUUUAUACCUGGGGAAGAAAGGUAUCAUUGUUACUAUUGCUUUAUUAAAUGUGUGCAUUUUUUUUUUCAAAUCAAACAUUUUGCUUUUUAAUCCCCAUCCCACUAUCCACAAAUUGUAAUGGCUGUAAAUCAUUUUGUAGAUACAGCAUCAAACAUCUUUUACUGACUGUCUUUUACUGCAUCAAAUCAACAGUGAGUAUCUGAGAGACAGAGCUGAAUUAUUAAGUCAAUAGACUGUUGAGAUAUGCAUCUCUCUCUGAUCAGAUUCAUCUGGGUUGGAAUGGAACACUUAGUCUGUCAAUAAAAAAAUCAAACCCUUGAUGAUGAUGAUGAUGAUGCAUGUCUAUCUGGGGAUCAGAUGCAAAUGUACAGAAGAUUGUCAUGAUUUCACACCAUCGGUUAAUGACUUUUUUUUUUCUCCUAUUGUCAACAAAUCUCAUUGGUCUGACUCUCACUGCUCUCUGACUUCCCUCCCCUGUCUGUGGUUUUCAGCCACAAGUCCACUGGUUCUGAAGGUGGUGCUGAAGAUGUACAUCUUUAAACUAGUCACUGUAGUUUUUAUUCAAAGUUAUUUAAACGGGAGGAAAUGGAGCAUUAGUUGGGGACUGUUUUCAGCGGUGGAUUAAUCUACAUUUGGUGCUAUAGUGAGUAUUUAUGACAGAAAGACUGUGUGUGGGAUUGAGUCAAAUAAACUACAGUGUGUGUGUUCAUGGAACAGUGGAGGAAGAUACAUAAUAGGCUGUGAUACAAAAACACUAUGCUCCGUCUAUAAGGUGUAUCUACAUGGUGAACUGAAGCAGUGUCUGUUAUGGAUAUUUUUGGAACAUAGCUUAUAUUUUUUGUAGCUGUUUGAGCUACUUGGGUCCUAAAAAUGAAACCGCAGAGGAGACAAAUGAAGUAAAAACAGAAGUCUGAGCUCAAAGACACAUUUCUCUGUGUUUUAGGUCAAAAGUUUGUCUUGUAACUUCUCACAAGACAGGAAAAUCUGGAAGUGUUACUGAAACAGCAGCUUGUUCC